UUGUUUAGAAAAAUUCAGUUUCAGUGCGUUGAUCAGUGGGCGCACUUUAUUCGUUUCCUCAGUGUCAUUAACCAUAGCGUUUAAGACUGACGACUAGUCUUUAAGUCAAUAUGAAAUUGUUAGUUGUCACACUAUUGGCCAGCUUUGCGCUCUGCCACUGUGCCGUCAAAGAGGAAAUCUCCGCUGCCGAGUACUUGAAAAAUCUCAAUCUCGAAAUUGCAAAGCGCACCAACUUGGAAACCGAGGCAUCAUGGGCUUAUGGCUCCAACAUUACCGAUGAGAAUGAACGCAAGAAGAAUGAAAUUUCCGCUGAGGUGGCCAAAUACAUGAAAGAGGUCUCCCAGGACAUUCAAAAGUUCAAUUGGCGCACAUACCAAUCGGAAGAUUUGAGACGUCAAUUCAGAAUGUUGUCGAAAUUGGGUUAUGCCGCUUUACCUGAACAGGAUUAUGCUGAACUUUUGGACACUUUGUCUUCGAUGGAAUCGAACUUUGCCAAGGUACGCGUUUGCGAUUAUAAGAACAAGGAUAAAUGCGAUUUGUCUUUGGAUCCUGAAAUUGAGGAGGUCAUUACCAAGAGCCGCGAUCCCGAGGAGUUGAAAUACUACUGGCGUGAGUUCUACGAUAAGGCUGGUACUCCCACACGUACUGCUUUCGAGAGAUAUAUUGAGUUGAACACCAAGGCUGCUAAAUUGAAUGAAUACGAAUCCGGUGCUGAGAUGUGGUUGGAUGAAUACGAGGACUCCACCAUCGAACAACAAUUGGAAGAUAUCUUCGAAGACAUUAAGCCUUUGUACCACCAAGUUCAUGGUUAUGUGCGUUAUCGUUUGCGUCAACACUAUGGUGAUGAUGUUGUCUCCGAAACCGGUCCUCUCCCCAUGCACUUGCUUGGUAACAUGUGGGCCCAACAAUGGUCUGAUAUUGCCGAUAUUGUCUCACCUUUCCCCAGCAAACCUUUGAUUGAUGUCAGCAGCGAAAUGGCUAAACAGGGUUACACUCCCUUGAAAAUGUUCGAAAUGGGUGAUGAUUUCUUUACCUCCAUGGGUUUGAAGAAAUUGACACAAGAUUUCUGGGAUAAGAGUAUCUUGGAGAAACCCACCGAUGGCCGUGAUUUGGUUUGCCAUGCUUCCGCCUGGGAUUUCUAUUUGGUCGAUGAUGUACGCAUUAAGCAAUGUACCCGUGUUACCCAAGAUCAGUUCUUCACUGUCCACCACGAAUUGGGUCAUAUUCAAUAUUUCUUGCAAUAUCAACAUCAACCUUUCGUCUAUCGUACUGGUGCCAAUCCCGGUUUCCAUGAAGCUGUUGGUGAUGUUUUGUCUUUGUCUGUCUCCACCCCCAAACAUUUGGAACGUGUUGGUUUGUUGAAGGACUAUGUGCGUGACGAUGAGGCUCGCAUUAACCAAUUGUUCUUGACUGCCUUGGACAAAAUCGUUUUCUUGCCUUUUGCCUUCACCAUGGACAAAUACCGUUGGGCUUUGUUCCGCGGCCAAGUCGACAAGUCCGACUGGAAUUGUGCUUUCUGGAAGUUGCGUGAAGAAUACUCUGGUAUUGAACCUCCAGUAGUUCGUACUGAAAAGGAUUUCGAUGCCCCUGCCAAAUACCAUGUCUCUGCCGAUGUUGAAUAUUUGAGAUAUUUGGUCUCCUUCAUCAUUCAAUUCCAAUUCUACAAGUCUGCUUGCAUUAAAGCCGGUCAAUACGAUCCCACCAAUCCUGAAUUGCCUUUGGAUAACUGUGAUAUCUAUGGUAGCUUGGCUGCUGGUGAAUCUUUCGAAAAAAUGUUGUCCAUGGGUGCCUCCAAACCCUGGCCCGAUGCAUUGGAAGCCUUCAAUGGUGAACGUACUAUGACCGGCAAGGCUAUUGCUGAAUAUUUUGAACCUUUGCGUGUAUGGUUGGAAGCCGAGAACAAGAAGAACAAUGUUCAUAUUGGCUGGACCAAAUCGGAUAAAUGCGUUUCAGCAUAAAUUCCAUUUAGGGGAGUAAUUCCUAGCAAACUCUUUUAAACUAUUUAAAGAUUUUAUUAAGCACUUAAAAAACAUUUUUUGUAUUGAAAAAAAUAAACAGUAUUAAAAUAAAAAAUUAAAAAAAA